UAGCAUCAUUCUCAAUCAACCAAUGAUGCUUACCAUAUUCUUUGCUUUCAUGGUGGCACAGUUGAUCAUGGCAGGUCCGAUGGCAAUACCCAACGAUGUGAGCAAAGAAACUCGCGCCAUUGUUGAAAGUAUAUACCACGUCGAGGUGUUCAAUUCGUCCGACUUCUCGUACAUCAUGUUUAUGCACAGACUCGGCGGUGGUCAGCAAGAGUCCCGGUGCUACACCGAGAUCCGUGGAAAGGAGAGCAUUGUUGAUGCUCCAGACGCUGAAGAGCCAGGUUCGGCAUGGGGACGAGAGCCAUCCCUGUACCACCGCUGGGCUUGUCAGCUCCACGAAGCAGAAUUCUCCUUCAGGGACACCGCGAUAUGGCUCUACACUGAGUCCAGAGAUGACCCGUGGAUAUGCAACUACUGGCACAAGUUCGACUUCUCAUCGCCGGAGGUUACUUUCAUUGGCAAUGGCAUGAAGCGAACUUAUUUCCCGGACUUGACAGUCGUUCGGCAAGAGGCAGUCUGCUGAGGUGCUAGCGUAUGGGCUUUUUCCCUCUUCGCGUGCUAUGACGACGAUGAUGACCACUGCCUACUAGGUACCUAUGUAUUAGUACCUAGUGUAUUUAACGAGUGGUGUUGUGGUUCGGGAGCCGUUGGUGGUGACUAGCGCAAUUACCUCAUGGGGACUAGAGCGAGAUUCUGCAGUAUAGGUGCAUACCUGUAGGUGCAGUGGACAUGGAUCGCAGUGAAGAGGUGGCUGAAGAUGUGUUAUUGCGUA